GUGGUCCUCCAAUCUCCAUCAAGAAGCAAUCGAGACCAAAAGAGGGUUUAGACCUUAACAAUGGAGUAAACAGUAAACUGACAGUGACUUCAACUCACCACCAGCAAUUCAGCAAACACCUCUGAAAAGCAGACGACUUUCUAUCAUCUAAACCACGGUCAAACCCUACACCUUUUUCUAAUCCGUGUUCUUCAAAUUCCCCCCCUUUUGUCUGUUUCCCCAUCAUCAAUUUCCGAAUCUCAUUUCCCCAAUCUGCAAGCAAGAAAAAACCUCAAUCAACGCGUUUGUCACACUCAAUUUUGUUCAUACUCACGGAUCCUGAUUAAUAUAUUCCCAUUUCUUUAUAUGGCUUACAAUUCUUUCGUGUCCGUGAACUGUUGCGAACUCUGGAUUUGGUUUGUUAGAUUAUCUGGUUGAACGCGAUUCACCGGAUCUUUCGAUUUAGGGUGAGAAAAAUGGGUGGGGUUUGUACGGGAGGGACGUUGAAGCGGAGCACGGCGGCGGAUUACGGCAGUGAUAAGAGUAGUACUGGGUUUUCAGGGAAAUUGAGGUCCGUUAAGAGCUUUAAUCAUCAACAGAAGAAGAAUGAUUAUGAUAAUGCUAAUGAUGAUUCCGUUUUACCUUCUUACACACAAGAUAACGAUGUGUAUCAUCGGAAAACCACAUCGUAUGAUUCCGGCGAACUGUUCUCGAUUUCAAGAGAACUGAAACCCUCUACCCCUGCUAGGGUAGCUAGCAAGGUUCCUCAUGUAACGACGUUUCUUGGUAAAGCUGGAAACGUAGGUCUUGAAGUGUUGGACACUUUAGGAAGCAGCAUGACGAAUUUCAAUUCUCAUAGUGGAUUUGUAUCAAAUUCGGCUUUAAGAGGGAAUAAAGUAUCGAUUUUGGCAUUUGAAGUUGCUAAUACGAUUGUCAAAGGCUCCAAUUUGAUGCAAUCCCUUUCAGAAGAAAACAUUCAGAUUCUUAAAAAGGAAAUAUUGCAUUCACAAGGUGUUCAAUUGUUGGUUUCUACUGAUAUGAAAGAGUUGUUAAGUAUUGCAGCUUCUGACAAAAGGGAGGAAUUUGAAGUGUUCUCAAGAGAAGUGGUGAGAUUUGGAGAUAUGUGUAAGGAUCCACAAUGGCAUAAUUUGGAUCGUUUCUUUGUAAGGUUGGAUUCGGAUCCAAUAACAAAUAAACAACUUAGAGAAGAGGCUGAGAUUACAAUGCAAGAACUUGCUAAUCUUGCACAACAUACUUCUGAAUUGUAUCAUGAGUAUCAUGCUUUGGAUAGAUUUGAAGUAGAUUAUAGGCGAAAGAUUGAAGAAGUUGAAUCUUUACAUCUUCCUCGAAAAGGAGAGAGUCUCAUGAUAUUACAAAGUGAGCUAAAGCAUCAAAGAAAACUUGUGAGGAACUUGAAAAAGAAAUCUCUUUGGUCCAAAAAUUUAGAAGAGGUUGUGGAGAAGCUUGUAGAUGUUGUCACCUUUAUUCAUCAAGCAAUUGUGGAUGCUUUUGAGGAGAAUGCUGCAAAUUCAAUAAAGAAUGGCAAAUACGUAAAUAAAAAGACGGAAAGAUUAGGUGGCGCGGGUCUUGCUUUACACUAUGCCAAUUUAAUCACUCAGAUGGACAACAUCGCAUCUCGUCCAACUUGCUUGCCUCCUAACAUGAGGGACACGUUAUACAACGGUUUGCCCGCCAGUGUAAAAGCAGGCUUACGCUCUCGCUUACAAGCUCUUGAUUCAAAAAGAAGUUAUGACAAUGCCUCAAAUUAAAGCGGAAAUGGAAAAAACUCUUCAUUGGCUCAUUCCCGUAGCUACUGACACCACCAAAGCACAUCAAGGUUUUGGUUGGGUUGGAGAGUGGGCAAACACCGGAUCCGAUUUCGGAAAGAAGACAUCAACAAGCAACAACAUAAUCCGCCUACAAACAUUAUACCACGCGGACAAACAAAAAAUGGAUCGAUACAUACUUGAUUUAAUCAUCUAUCUUCACCGUUUAAUAAGCCUCGUGAGAUAUCGUGACAAAAUGCCCAAACACACACGCACCCGAUCUCCAAAUUCAAACGGGUCAAAUCCAAAUCAAAAUCCUAAACGGGUCGAAAUCUCAUCAGAGGACAAGAAUUUGUUGGAAGAAGUGACAAAAAGAAAAACGGGUGUUCGUGGAGUGAGUAAAAGUCAAGAACUUGUUAUGGUGAAGAAGAAGAGAGGGGAGGUUUUUGUGUCGAGUAGAAGUAUGGGGAGUUCACCAAGGAGAGAUUUGAAGUUUGAGAAUGCUAAUAUGCUUGAUGUGUUAGAUGGGCUAGGUACAACUUUUUGAGCUAUGGGUACAAGAAUUUAAAGAUUUUUUUGAUUUAUACAUGUUUGUUAUAGUAACUUUCUUAUUGAAUAAGAAAGUUGUAUGUGUAUGUGUAUGUAUAAAUUGUUGUUAUGAGAGGCGUUAGGCGUGUAGUUGAGUGGGGAAAUUGUAGUUGGUUGGGUGUUUGAAAUAACCGGAUUUAAUUGGAUAUAUAGUGUCACCACA